AUGUUAGUGACUGGCAGACAUCAGCGCCCAGUUUAUGUGACAGAUACCGAAACUCAACGGGAAUAUGGCGAUCCUUUGCAAAAGAAAAUUCCACAUUUACGACACAUUGAAUGUAAUAAAUUCGGACGUCAUGCUUAUUUUCCAGGAACAGUAGCUCAGGGAAUACUACCAACUUUCAAAGGCGUCACUUAUCCAGAUGUAAUACCACGUUUCCAUCUGCCUAAAAUGCCUUAUUAA